AUGCAACAUUAUCCAAAGCAGUCCUUCACCAUGGUGGCUGACACUCCAGAGAACUUGCGCCUUAAGCAGCAGAGUGAACUUCAGAGUCAAGUCCGCUAUAAGGAGGAAUUUGAAAAGAAUAAAGGGAAGGGCUUUAGUGUGGUGGCUGACACACCUGAAUUACAGCGAAUCAAGAAAACUCAAGAUCAAAUCAGCAAUAUAAAGUACCAUGAAGAAUUUGAGAAGAGCAAGAUGGGUGCUCCUGGAGGGGAGGGAGGGGAGCUGGAGCGCUGUAAUUCCCAAGAAGGUGCCAAUUACAGGAGAACAGUUGAGCAGCCACCACCAUCACAUCAGCAACCUCAUCAUGCCCAGCCAAGUAACCUUGUUUACCAUCAGCAGUCAUCACAACAACCAGCCUCUCAGUCCUGUGGCUAUAAGGAACCAGCAGCACCAGUCUCAAUACAGCAUAGUGCCCCAACUGGAGGAGGAAAACGGUUCCGUGCAGUCUAUGAUUACAGUGCAGCCGAUGAAGAUGAGGUCUCCUUCCAGGAUGGUGACACCAUAAUCAAUGUGCAGCAAAUUGAUGAUGGCUGGAUGUAUGGCACCGUUGAGCGGACUGGUGACACAGGCAUGCUUCCAGCUAACUAUGUGGAGGCAAUGUGA